AUGACUGCCUCAUUCCUCAAGCUAUCUCUCCUUGCUACUGCCAGCGUGGCUGCAGCCGCCAGCGUCAAUGCGACGGCCAACAUCGACAUCGACGUUUCUUUGGGAGCUAUCCCCAUCGAGGUCAUUGCCGAGAAGGUCCAUGUUCCGACCAAGGCCAUGGUCGACCUCCUCAACACCGUCGACUAUGUCACGAUGACCGUGGAAGACUGGUGCCCCCUCCUUCAGCAACCCAUUGAAGCCGUCCAGGCCUGGCCGGACCACGUCAAAGAAUACGUCUUCACCGAACUUUCGCUCGAGGUCUCGGCCUUGGUCGCCCCGGAAGCCGCCCGUGUCGACGCUGUAUCUGAAGUCAAGAGCAACAAGCUUGCCGCUCGCAACGACUCGGUCCGUCGCAUGGAGCGUCAAGCGCUUGCCCUUCACGAUGCGCGUAUCAAGUCAGGCCGAAGCGGCUGCUUCCAGAACUGGGCAUGUGGCUCUUGCGUCGUUGCUGCUGGGCUUGCAGGCGCUUCCGGUAUCGCUGGAUGCACUGGCGCUGCUUUGGCCGCUAUUGAAGGCACCGCUGGCUUUGCUCUCGCCGCAGUCUAUGCUGCCUAUGUUGAAUGCACUGCCAAGGUUGGUGGUGCUACUACCGCCGCCAUUGCUUACUACGAAAUGAUAGCACACACCGUCUUCACCAUGAGUUCACGACCAUCUCUCAUGCCGCCCACCGAGGGCUCCUUCCUCUCAUCGGGCGCCUUUACUCCCUCGGGCCUCACACCCAACACACGCUCCGAAGCCGAAGCCGCCUUCACCUCCAACAGCGCUUCGCAAACCGAUGCGGCCGCUCCUGACCCAAACCUUUUGCCCCUGAUGGGUGCCGGUGGAGGAAACGAGACAACAGACAAUGGCCCGACUGAAGCUGUCCGCGCUUACACUGGCUACCGCCGCCCUGGCAUGGCUCGAGCAAGCUCAGCGAACUACGAAAACGCACUGAAGCGAGCGCAGCAAGCGUCUGUCUCGUCCGACUUCUCCGCCGACUCUGAAGUACCCGACAACGUCACUACGGGCCAAACAGUCGCGUCGCCGACAGGCUCCACUCCAUUCCCGCCUCCCGGUCAAGGUGUAGUGCCCCUCAACUACAACUCUGCUCCCGUUGGCGCCGCUCAAGGUGAUGCAGUGAAGAAGACUCGUUCGCGUGGCCUGAGUCUCAGUGGCCUUGCCCAGCAGCAGGGCUGGAGCGAGCAGGACUACAAGCGUGUAUACAGCGCCGAUUUGCUUGCUGAAGAACCGAAGAACAGCGCUGGAUAUGGCUCAGGCCCGAAAUAA